AUGGCGUCGCUCGAAGUAGAAGAUUACAAACGGGAAUUGAGGCAACAGGGUGCCAUUGAGGCGGCCGAAGAGGCCCCUCAAGAUCCCAAAGCUGCCGAGGCCGCUGAGCAGGUGCUGGUCGAAGAAACCCGGAAGGCUGGCAUGCCCGCCUACCAAUUCGAUCCGAAUGCCUCCCCCGAAGAAAAGGCUGCCGCCGCCGAAGCUCGGGUACCACCCGGGUUUCAUCGCGACAAGAAGCCGAAAGGCAUGGCAAUUAUCACAGAUAAGAAUGACGGUACCCCCGACGACUACGAUCUACCCCCGCCCAAAACCGCGAAUGAAAUCGAAAAAGACUCCAAAGAAUCCUCCGACGGGGCAACGGAAGAGGGUGGGAUGAAUGAAGACAUGCGAUGGGCGCGGGACCGAACGGGCUGGGCACCGCAGUUCGUGCAGGUUCCGACCGAGGAAGAAGAAGCCGAAGGAACGCUGCUCGAUCACCAGGAUUUCCUGGAAGGCAAAUUGGACGACAAGUUCUUUGGGGAUUGGUAUCACAAUGCCGGGGUCAUCGUGUUCGCCUGUCUGGCCUCGUGGGUUGUCGCCGUGCUCGGCGGUGGUCUCGGCUGGAUCUUCCUCGUCAUGGCCGCCUGUAGCACGUACUACCGCACGUCCAUCCGGCGAGUUCGGCGCAAUUUCCGCGAUGACAUCAACCGUGAAAUGGCCAAGCAGCGCUUGGAGACCGACACCGAGAGUCUGGAAUGGAUCAACAGUUUCCUGGUCAAAUUCUGGCCCAUCUACGCGCCGGUCCUGUGCGACACCAUCAUCAACUCCGUGGACCAGGUGCUCAGCACCUCGACGCCCGCCAUGUUGGACAGUCUUCGCCUGAAGACCUUCGUUCUCGGUACCAAGCCUCCGCGGUUGGAGCACGUCAAGACGUACCCGAAGACCGAGGUGGACACCAUCAUCAUGGACUGGAAAUUCAGCUUCACUCCCAACGAUGUCAUGGAUCUGACGGCGCGCCAGCUGAAAAACAAGAUCAACCCCAAGGUGGUCUUGGAGGUUCGCCUGGGUAAGGGUGUCGUGAGCAAGGGCUUGGAUGUGAUCGUGGAGGACAUGGCGUGUAGCGGCCUCAUGCGAGUCAAGAUGAAGCUGCAGGUCCCCUUCCCCCACAUCGAGCGUGUGGACGUCUGCUUCAUGGAGCGCCCGGAGAUCGACUACGUUUGCAAGCCCCUGGGUGGUGAUCACCUAGGUUUCGAUAUCAACUUCAUCCCCGGUCUGGAGUCUUUUAUCAAGGACCAGAUCCACAACAACCUGGGUCCGAUGAUGUACGCCCCCAACGUCUUCCCCAUCGAGAUCGCUAAGAUGCUGGCUGGAAACCCCGUCGACCAAGCCAUCGGUGUGGUUGCCGUGACCCUCCACGGGGCGCGUCAACUCAAGAACCCCGACAAGUUCUCGGGCACGCCCGACCCGUAUGCCGUCGUGUCUUUGAACAGCCGUACCGAGCUCGGCCGGACCAAGACCAUCUAUGACACGGACAGCCCGCGAUGGAACGAAACGAUCUACGUUAUCAUCACCUCGUUCUCGGAUUCCUUGACCAUCCAACCGUUUGAUUGGAACGAGUUCCGAAAGGAUAAGGAGCUGGGUACGGCAACGUUCGCCUUGGACCGGCUCGAGGAGGAGCCCGAGCACGAGGGCAUGUUCCUGGAGGUCAUGGCCAGCGGCCGGUCUCGCGGUUCCAUCCACGCGGAUAUCCGAUUCUUCCCGGUCCUCGGGGGAAGAAAGAUGGAGGACGGCGAGAGCGAGCCGCCCCCAGAGCUGAACACGGGUAUUGCUCGCUUCACCGUGGAGCAAGCCAAGGAUCUGGACGGCACCAAGAGUAUCGUUGGACAGCUGAACCCCUACGGAGUUCUCCUGCUGAACGGCAAGGAAAUCCACAUCACCAAGAAGCUGAAGCGUACCAACAACCCGAUCUUCCAGAACGCGUCCAAGGAAUUCCUCGUCACCGACCGGAAGAGCGCUCGCCUGGGCCUGGUCAUCAAGGAUGACCGGGAUCUUGCGCGAGACCCGAUCCUGGGCACCUACCAGAUCAAGAUGAACGACAUGCUCAAGAUGAUGGAGCAGGGCAAGGACUGGUUCCAUCUGCAUGGAGCCAAGACGGGUCGCGCCAAGCUCACGUUUCAAUGGAAGCCCGUCGCCCUGGGUGGCAUCUCCGGCAGUUCUGGCUAUGUGGAUCCCAUCGGUGUCAUGCGCUUCCACUUCCAGCGCGCCGAGGACCUGCGCAACCUGGAGAAGAUGGGCAAGUCUGACCCGUACGUUCGGGUGCUGCUUUCUGGAUACAUGAAGGCCCGGACGGUGACGUUCAGGAACAACCUGAACCCUGACUGGGACGAGGUGGCUUACGUGCCCAUCCACAGCCCCCGCGAGAAGCUCACCCUCGAAGUCAUGGAUGAGGAAAGCAUCAACAGCGACCGGUCGCUGGGAUCGGUGGAGAUCUCGGCGGCUGACUACGUCCGGGAGAAUGAACAGGGCGAAUUCGAGGUCGACGACGAGAAGCAGCUGAUCUCGAGCGGCCUCCGCAUCGGCAGAGGUCCCGUCAAGGGGAAACUGUUCUACACCGUCGCCUUCUAUCCCACCAUCCCGGUUGUCAACCCCGAGGAUGACGCCGAGGAAGAGGGAAUGGAUGACCUCAACGGCGACGGAGAACAUGACGAGAUCCCGAGAAAGAGCGUCGAGUCCCGGCGCCGCAAUGGCCACGUCAAGACCGCCAGUACGGACUCCAAGGCAUCCCAGAAGGCCAACGGUACAUCCCAGCCACCCACUCCCUUGCCGCCGAAUACCCCGGGGCCAAACACCCCGGGCCGCAGCAGCUUCGAAUCGGGCGUCUCCAAGCCGACGACAUCCAAGGAUUCGGAGGUCAUGUCUAUCAAGUCACUCGACAUCCCGAAAACCUUCAUCUCGGCCGAAGAACUCUCCAGCUACGAAUCCGGAUUCUUGGUCUUCAAGUUCCACGAAGUUCAACUUUCCCGUCACAAUGUGCAGGUUGAAGUGGUGAUGGACGACCACAUGUUCGCGGCCUAUUCGUCCCCCAAGCUUCGUUCCAAGUCCGCCCAGAUAGAAGACAUUGGAGAUGCUUUCGUUCGUGAACUGGAGUUUUCGAAGAUCACUCUCCGGAUCGUGGACAAGAACAGCGCCAAGGACGACAGCGACGAACACACCGUGGCGAAGUUGACGGGCGAUACGUUGACGACCCUCCAGCGCAUCUUAUACACCCCCACCGAGCUUGCGCUCCGGUCCAGCGAUGGGGAAGUCAGCAAGGUCACCGUCAGUGCUCGAUACAUCCCGGUGACCAUGAAGCUCGACCCGACCGAGAGUAUCAACAACAUGGGUACUUUGCGGGUGGAUGUCCUGGACGCCGCCGAGCUUCCGUCCGCCGACCGCAACGGCUUCAGUGAUCCGUACUGCAAGUUCCGUCUCAACGACAAGGAGGUCUUCAAGACCAAGGUGCAGAAGAAGACUCUGCAUCCGGCCUGGAACGAAUUCUUCGAGGCCCCGAUCACGUCCAAGAUCGGCGCCGACUUCCGGGUCGAUGUUUACGACUGGGACUUCGGCGACAAGGCGGACUACCUGGGCGGAACCCCGAUCGACCUCGGCGUCCUGACGCCGUUCCAGAGCAAGGAGGUGUCGUUGGUCCUGGACGGCAAGUCCGGCGCCAUCCGUCUGAAGAUGCUGUUCAAGCCAGCCUACGUCAUCCGGUCCCGACAGGGAUCCUCUACGUUCUCCGGCACCUUUGCCACUCCCGGCAAGAUUGUGGGAGCCCCCGUCAAGGGAGUGGGAUUUGUUGGCGGCAAUGUCAUCAAGGGCGCUUCGUUCCUGAAGCACGGCAUCAUGUCUCGAUUCCGCGGAGACGAUGCAUCCAGCAUCCAUGAAACCGAGGAGCCGGAAGACAGCCCGCAGGCCGAGACGAGUCCCACGGCGGCGCCUUCGCUGACGGUGGACGGCAGCACUCCGCCCAGCGCCAGCCCCAUCAGUAACAACAACUUGCAGCACGCGCGCUCGCGCAGCGUGGUGUCGCACUACGGCGAUCGACUUGGAAUCGGAGGCGGCUCCGGCAAGGGCGAGACGGGCACGGCCACGAUCACGGUGGUCUCGGCCAGUGACUUCCCGCCGUCGACCAACGUGCGGGUGUUCGUCAAGGCCCUCGGGCCCAAGGGGGCGAAGGAGGUUCUCAAGAGCAAGGCGCACAAGGCCAGCGGGACGGCACCGGUGAUGUUCGACGCGUCGCACGAGACGUGCCGGGUGCACAACACGACGGCGGAUGCGCAGUAUCAAAUCCGGGUGGUGGACCAUUCCACCUUUGGCUCGGACAGCGUGCUGGGCGAGACGCUGUUCUUCGUGGACGACCAGGGCUCCGUGGCCGGCCAGGACAAAGCGGUCAAGGUCGGCAGCGGCACGGUGUCGAUUCGGUCGAGUUUCUCGGGCACCGAAUCGAACCUGCGGCCGUCGACGUCUCACUCCAACAACGGGGAUGCGGCAUCCGAAUUGAUGGACAGUCCGGAUUCGAAGAAGACCGGCCGACGCAGUUUCCUUGGCAAGCGGAACGUGAGCGGCGCUUAG